AUUAGUAGAGAACUAACCAUUAUAUUUAAAAACUUGACAUUAAAAACUCCAUAUUUCCAAUGCUUGAGUUCAUCAAGUGUGUACCCCUUUGCCUCUUGUUUUCAGUGUACUUUUGUGCACUCAUUACUGACCCUUCUUCCAUGACACUUUCACCAUCUUUACAAAGCAGAGAAGCAAGUGCUUUGUUGAAGUGGAAAGAAAGUCUUGACAGCCAAAGCCAAACUUCGUUGUCUUCAUGGAGUGGCAAUAAUUCAUGCAACUGGCUUGGAGGUUCGUGCAAUGAAGAUUCCAUGUCUGUCUCAAUAGUAAAUCUCACAAAUAUGAGACUGAAAGGUACGCUUCAAAGUUUUAACUUCUCAUCACUUCCAAAUAUUGUCACUUUUGAUCUUCGUGGCAACUUGUUGGAUGGAAUUAUCCCACCUACAAUUGGAAAAUUAUUAGAGAUAAACAAUCUACUUCUUAAUGACAAUAAUCUUUCUGGUUCUAUUCCUAAAGAAAUUGGAAUGAUGAGAUCUAUUAUAUACAUAGAUUUGUCAAAUAAUAAUCUAACUGGUAAAAUUCCAGAUGCAAUUGGAAACUUAAGCCAUUUAGGAUAUCUUGGCUUUGCCGUAAACCAUCUCAGUGGGACAAUUCCUAUUGAAAUGUGUAUACUUGGUAAUUUGGAAACAUUCAAUGUAUAUGAUAAUAAUCUAUCUGGUAAAAUUCCAGCUGCAAUUGGAAACUUAAGCCAUUUACGAUAUCUUGGCUUUGGGGGAAACCAUCUCAGUGGGACAAUUCCGAUUGAAAUGAAUAUACUUGGUAAUUUGGAAACAUUCAGUGUAUUUGAUAAUAAUUUUACAGGUCAGUUUCCUCAGAACAUUUGCGUUGGUGCAAACCUGAAAAAUAUUGGUGCUUACAAUAACCAUUUCAUAGGCCGAGUUCUAAGGAGUUUGAAGAAUUGUUCAAGCCUUAUUAGACUUAGGCUUGAAAAUAACCAUUUUGAGGAAAACAUAACUGAUUUUUUUGGUGUAAACCCAAAUUUGAAGUUCAUGGGAUUGGAUGACAAUAAUUUUUAUGGCCAUCUUUCAUCUAACUUGGGAAAGUUUCAUAACUUGACAGAUCUUCACAUUUCCCAAAAUCAUAUCUCCGGUUGUAUACCAUCCGAACUCAGUAAAGCAACCAACUUAUAUUCAAUUGACUUAUCUUCAAACCAACUUACAGGAAAUAUUCCAAAGGAUUUAGGCAACUUGACCAAAUUGGGAAGACUCUUUUUACGCAACAACCAUCUUUCUGGUAAUGUUCAUGUGAAAAUAGCAUCGUUAAAGGAACUUGAAAUCUUAGAUGUUGCAGCAAAUAAUCUAAGCGGUUUCAUCACAAAAGAACUUGUCAGUUUAUCUAAAUUAUUCAACUUAAGUUUGAGCCACAACAAAUUCAUUGGAAAUAUUCCUGAUGAGUUUGGUGAGUUUCAAUCACUUCAAAGUCUUGAUCUGAGUAGAAAUAUUUUGAAUGGAACCAUACCACCAAUGCUUGGAAAAAUGAAAUUCUUAGAAACAUUGAAUAUUUCACAUAAUAAUUUUUCUGGAUUUAUCCCUUCUUCCUUUGAUCAGAUGGUUAGCUUGACAUUUGUUGAUAUAUCUUAUAACCAAUUGAAAGGUCCACUUCCAAAUAUGCGAGCAUUCAAUAAUGCAACAAUUGAAGUGUUGAGAAAUAAUACAGACUUGUGUGGUAAUGUUUUUGGCUUGAAGCCUUGCAGUGGAUAUCCUAAUCAUAAGACUAAGAAUCUGAUCUUAUUGAUAGUUUUACCUCUAGCACCAGGAACUCUAAUGCUAGCAUUCGUUUGUUUCAAGUUCUCAAAAUAUUUAUGUCGAAUGCGAACCACAAGAGACAACCAGGAUGGUGGAAUUAUCGUUGCUCCGAAUAAUGUAUUCACAAUAUGGAGUUUUGAUGGUAAAAUGGUGUAUGAGAACAUUAUUGAAGCAACAGAAGAGUUUCAUGACAAAUAUCUCAUUGGAGUAGGAACACAUGGAAGUGUCUACAAAGCUGAGUUGCACACAGGUCAAAUUGUUGCUGUUAAGAAAAUUCAUUUAGCAACAAAUCGAGAAAAUUCUAAUAUAAGAUGUUUCACAAGUGGGAUUCAAGCUCUGACAGAAAUUCGACAUCGUAACAUUGUGAAGCUAUAUGGAUUUUGUUCACAUUCACACGUGCCGUUUUUGGUCUACGAGUUCAUGGAGAAAGGUAGUUUGGAAAAGAUUUUGAAAGAUGAUGAACAAGCAAUUGAAUUUGAUUGGAAUAAGAGGGUGAAUGUCAUUAAAGAUGUAGCAAAUGCUUUAUGCUAUAUGCACCAUGAUUGCUUCCCUCCGAUUGUUCACCGUGAUAUAUCAAGCAAGAAUAUACUUAUGGAUUUAGAAUAUGUGGCUCGUGUGUCUGACUUUGGAACAGCUAAGCUUCUUAAUCCUAAUUCAGCCAAUUGGACCUCAUUUGUAGGCACAUUUGGAUAUUCUGCUCCAGAACUUGCAUACACAAUGGAAGUGAAUGAGAAAUGUGAUGUGUACAGUUUUGGAGUAUUAGCAUUGGAAAUACUUCAUGGAAAACAACCUGGAGACAUUAUAUCUAAUAGUAUACAAUGGAACAAUAUGGCGGGAUCAAAACUUGAUACUAUGUCAUUGAUGGAUAUGUUGGACCAACGUCUCCCUCGUCCAAUGAAUACUAAAGCUAAGCAGUUACUAUCCGUUACAAAGACGCUACUUUCUUGCUUGGAUGAAAGUCCACGAUCUCGUCCAACCAUGGAGCAGGUUUCCAUGGAGAUUUCAAUAUCAUAAUACUCUUCUUAAAUGCUUGAAUGUUCCUUUUCUUCUUAGUUUUUGUAAUUUUGUAAACCUUGCUUAUCUUGUGUUAUCUUGUUUUGUAUUUGUUAAGAAUCAAUUAUGUUAAUA